AUUUCCGAUCCACGUUCCCAAAAUUUGAUUUCUGCUGGAAAAUUGUUCCCCAAAUUGUAACGAGGACUAUCAUCGGAAGAGGAAGACGAUGGUUUGGUUUCAAUGCGAGGAUUGUGGAGAGGAACUGAAGAAGCCAAAGCUCCCUAAUCACUUCAGGAUGUGCAGAGCCACAAAGUUAUCGUGCCUCGACUGUGGAGAAACGUUUGGGAAAGAUAGUGUACAAGGACAUAACCAGUGCAUGACCGAAGCUGAGAAAUAUGGUCCAAAAGGUCAGUCAAAGCCAUCUAAUGGCACACCUGCGAAGCCAAAGGAUAACACGAAGCAACAGCCAGACUUUGAUAUAAAUGUCGGCUUAUCAAAUCGAUAUCCAUGGUUUUGUAGUUUGUGUAACACAAAGGCUACUAGCCAGCAGACUUUGCUUGCCCAUGCCGAUGGGAAGAAACACCGAGCAAAAGCAAAAGGGUUCCAUGCUAAACAACAACCAGAACAGUCCACGGUGGAUGCAACCGAGAAUGCUUCUAAUGGUGAUUCCGAACAGAAGAAAGUAGAUUUGCAUGUUUCCUCAGGUGUUGUUGCAAAUGGAGGCUCGCCUACUGAGAAGAAGAGAAAGCUAGAGACUUUGGAUGAAACAAGCAAUGGAGAGGUAGUUCAAGCCGAGAAAUCAAAAGGAGGUGAAGCAAAGAAAGCGAAGAAGCAGGACCAUGAGAAGAAAAUCAAUUGGAAGAGGUUGAUCAUUACGGCUUUGAAAUCUAACGAAGAGAAAACUUUGAAGAUGAAGAAACUUAAGAAGCUCGUCCUAGCAUCUCUUGUGGAUUCAGGCAUAACUCGAGACAAAUCUGAUAUCAGUGCGGAGCUAGAGCUUAAGGUGAACUCGAGCUCCAGAUUCACGGUUGAUGGGAAGUACGUGAAACUUGUGGCUAAAGAUUCAGUCUAAUUCUUGAGACAAGAGUCGGAUUUUGGCCCUCGCAUUUUUGCCAGAUGAUUCGUUACCGUUACUGUCUGUAUUAAAAUUUGUAUUGUCAUUAAACUUUCGUAUUUUCUUGAAAAAAAGACGAAAACCCUGGCACACUUCUGAAGUGGCUGAAUUUUUUUUCUUGGAGAAGACUAUAAAUGAUUAAUGAGUGCGGUU